ACCCUUCAGACGAACAUCAUUUUUGGAAUACCAUUCAUGUUUACAGCAGUAGACACCAGCACCUCCAGACGUAAUGACCUGUCAAAUUUCUAAAUAAAAGUGUGGCCGCGUGAUGGAUUAUUUCUCUAUUUGGACUUAUUGUUGCUGACACAAACAACAGAAUGAGAGCCCACCCUCCUCCCCUCUCAUGGAUGAUGAGGCAUAAAUAAAUUGAGCCACUUUGCCGAGUUGUUUACCUAUUCCCCAGUAGUGGAUGGGGGUACUGACAUGCACCAAAACAAAAGAAUCGCUACCGCAGUUUGCAUAUUUUAGCUACCAGUACUUAGAAAUUCGUAGCUAAGUAAUUACUGUGGUGGACAAUGGACGGGUACAAGAUAAUCAGGAAACUUGGCACUGGAUCAUAUGGCUGUGCCCAUCUGGCACUACACAUUCCCACUGAUACAAAAUGUGUUAUCAAAGAAAUCCAAAUUUCUCACAUGUCAUCAAAAGAAUUAGAAGAAGCUAGACGAGAAGUGGAGGUCCUGUCAAGUUUAUCUCAUCCUUAUAUCAUACAAUUUCGAGACUCUUUUGAACAUGAUGGCCGGUUGUUAAUAGUCAUGGAUUACUGUGGUGGUGGAGACCUUCAUACGCUUAUAAGUAACAGAAAAGGUGUACUUUUUCCUGAGGAUCGUGUUCUUGACUGGUUUGUUCAGUUGUGUUUAGCUAUUAAGUAUAUUCAUGACCGAAGGAUCCUCCACAGGGAUAUAAAGUCACAAAAUGUUUUUCUAACAGAUGAUGGAAAGGUUAGACUUGGGGACUUUGGAAUUGCAAAGAUCAUGAAUAGCACGUCAGAUCUAGCUCGCACUUGUAUUGGCACUCCUUACUACUUGUCUCCUGAAAUGUGUGAAAAUAAACCUUACAAUAAUAAAAGUGAUAUAUGGGCUCUAGGAUGUGUUUUAUAUGAAAUGAUCACCCUAAACCAUGCAUUUGAAGCAAAUAACAUGAAAGGUUUGAUCUUAAAAAUAAUUAAGGGAUCAUAUCAGCCCAUUCCGGCACGUUAUAGCCGAGAUCUGCGCCUCCUUUUAAACCAGAUUUUUCAGAGGGAACCAAGAGACAGACCAUCAAUAUCGGUUAUACUUCGUAAAAAUUUUGUAUUGAAGAGAGUUCCCCGCUUCAUAACUGGAUGUGAAGAAGAAGAAUUGAUGUCUUCCCUAUUGAAAAGGAAGUGUAACUUACCAGCGUCAGCUCGAAAGAUUCCUGUAGUGAAGCGUCCACCUGAUGUAACUGAUCCAGCCUUAAAGUAUGGUGGAAGUGUAGCGCUUAAUAAGAGGGGAAUUAUGAAAACUCCCACCAAAUCUUUUACCAGACUUUCUCCCCAUGGUGCAACUAGUCCAAGACGUGCUGGUGGAAUAUCAGUUAGGAAGGUGGACAGAAUCAGAAAACUGAAUAGAAAGAAAUGUCCAAGUGAAAACAGUCUUAUGUCUAGUGUUAAGAAAAAAAAGAUUGGGUCAGAUGGUCAAGAUGGUCAUAAGAAGAGGUCAAAGUCUGUUCCUCGUGUUGUUAAACAGUGCGGCUUGAAAUCUCCUCAUCAGAGCUUGAAGAAGAAACAUCCUUCCCCUGUUAAACUGCAGUUGAUGUUGACCAGUGCAGGUUUUAAAAAACAGACAGAACUUGGAGGAAAACAAGUUAAAAAGAAAAUUCUAAUUGAAGAAGAGAGAAAUGGUCAUAGUACUACACCAAAAGCACAAGAUUUGCCUUCAGAUGAAUAUGUGGCCAAGAAAUUGCAAACGUCAUCAAAUGAUGGCAAACAGAUUUUUAAGUCUCCCAUUUCUAUUAUGAAAAGUGAUACAGUAAUAUAUACCGGCCAUUCGCAGCCCAUUGAUUCAGCUAUGAUUGAGAGCAUGGAAAGUAUCCUGGUCAAUUAUGAAGAAAGUAAGGAUUGGAUGGAGAAAGAAACCUCAGAUAGACUGAGUGACCUAGGUGUAAGAUCAGAGUGCAUGUCCAUUGUUCAGGCUUUGAAAACUUGUAUUGACUAUCCGGGAGGCUUAUCUAAUGAUAAAGCGGAUUUGAAAGAGAAGAGUCAGAAGGAUGUAAAGGAGCUAACAAACAUUACUCUUAAACAGCAGAAUGAAAAUUGUAGUGAUGACGAUGAUGAUGACGAUGAUGAAGAGUAUUCUGUUGUUUCAUCUGAAGAAUUAAGGCAGAUAAUGCAAGAAAAGAUGAAAAAGUUAGUGCAGCUGCGAGCAAUAAAACUGAAUCAAAUGGUCCAAGAAAGAAGAAAAUGGGCAUAUAUGCAAGAAAAACUAGAUUCUUCAUCAGUAAACGAAAAUAAAAAUAACCUAAACGGAGACUUUUUAGAUAAGCUUGAAAAUGAGAAAGAAGUUGAGCAUGCAGUGAAAAAAGGGAAUAAGUCAGUUUUUGAUGACUCAAUUGAUAAUGAAGUGAACAUCCUCAAAGAUUGUGACUUGAUGGCAUCUGUUGAAAAGACACUCAUACCAGAAAUUCAAAGUAAUAUUCUAGGUAGUGGUUCUGCUUUGGAAAAAGAUGAAGGCACAAUUCUUAUAGAAUCUUUGUUGAGAACUGUGCAGGAAAGAACUUUCAAUGACCAGUCUUGCAUUUCAGGAGCAAGCUAUGAUGUAGGUUCUCAGUGUAAUCAAAAGGCAGAUGUUUUAAGAAUCCAGGAUAUACUUUUAGAUUUAAAUGAAACAGAGAAGCCAACAGGCAUUGUGAAUGAAUCUGACAAUGAAGAUAAAAGAAAUACCUCAUUUCAUAAAUGUGUGCUGGCAUCAUCAACUCCAGUGGUAUCAAAAACUAAAGCUGUUACUUUUGGUAAACGAGCUAGAUGGGGUAGUGUUCAUUCAGCUGGCCUUGAAAACUCGCCUUUGGAAACUACUGCAUCUGAAAUGGAUGCUACUUCGUCUUCUGAUAUCGUUGAAGUUUUCCCUAAAGUAACAGAGCGAAAACAGUGGACAAAGAACUGCAAAGAAAUUGUCAGUAUCCUGGCUGAAGCUCAGAUUGUUGACACCCCAAAGAGUCUGAAGAUUGAAAAAGAUGAAGUUUGUCAAGGACAACAAGAAAUCAGUGUAAAUAAGUGUAUUUGGCCAUCUGAUAACCAAUUAUGCUUUACUGAAGAACAUAACAUAUCUUUAGGUGCCACUUACAGUGUUGAUCACAAGAAAACUAAUGGAACUACAUCAGAGAGCCUUGAGGGGAAACAAUUAAACUGUGAAAGUAAAGUUUAUUCAGGAAAUUCAAAUCUGAAUAGCACUUUUACCAUAGAGAAAAAUUCAAUGGCAGAAGAGAAAACUAAUGCAAAAGAGUUAGGUGAUCUGCACCAAAACGAUAGGCCAUCUGCAGACCAGUCAAAUGAAAGUUCAUCUGUGUCAUCUGCCAGAGAGAUUUUGAACAAAACUAUCACUAUUGCAAGUACAUCACCAAAAUCCAAAGUAAAGAAUGGGUUAGUUACUGAUACAGAAUCCAUUAUUAGUAAAAGUGAAGACUCUGGAAAUCUCAACAAAACUUUUGAAAUUGAUUCGAGUAGUUUGAAAGGUAUUGAAUUACCAUGCUGUGAGACAUUUGCUGUACCAGACAAUGCAGCAAAUGUAAGUACCAAAAAAGCCAAAGGUGGAAUACUGGGAAUGCUAAGGUCACACGUGUCUCCUCUUUCAAGGAAGAAAACUCAUGGUUACAAUCAUAAAAAUGCUUGUGCAUGUCUAAGUAAUGAUGCUUCAGGUGAUGGAAAUAUGGCAAACUCUAAACCCUCUGUAACCCUGCCCAGAGAAGAAAUAGCCUCAGCAUCAAAUAAAAAGAAUGGAAAAUUAAAAUUGGGUAUUGUUGGUAUAUUAAGGAAGCUGUCUUUGAAAGCAGAUGAUCUCACAAAUGCUUCCCCUAAGACAAGUCAGCCAGUUCAUGAGGCUAUUCAGGCUCAGAAGUCAAAUGUAUCCAAAAAUAGUGAAAAAUCACCCAGUAAGAAUUCAAGUAUGAAUGGUGCUGAAGUUGACAGGCCAACAGAUAUGGCAAAUGAGAAAAGGCAUACGGCAUCACCAAGUCCGUCAGAUGUAGAAGAGAAAUCUAGCUCUAAAAAAUCAGAUGGAAACAUGAAAGGAACUGUAGAAAGUGUGCAUAGUAUCAGAACUGAAGACUUUCCCAAGAAGAAUGAAUCCCAAAAGGAAGAAUCCUUCAGGACUGUAGAGAAGAAAAAUACCCCUAAAAUAGAUGGUGGACACUUGAAAUCUAAUAGAUCUGGAGACAGUCAGAAGUGGAGACAAGAUUCAAAGAAGCUAAGUAGAUUCUCAAUGCAUGGCAGCAAGUCUCCUGUUGAUGAUAUUUUAGGAUGUGAAUCCACUGACAGGACUGUCAGUGGCAGGAGUUCACCAACACCUUUAGAUUCCUUAACUCAUCAGGAUACAAGAAUGAAGGAACUGGAAAACAGCAUUGAUAAGGUAACGAUAACAAAUGUAAAAAAUUUGGUAGAUAUUGAUAAUGAGCUAGACAGGAUUACAGAAAGGUCGAAAGCCAUGGAAGUAGAAGACAGAAAAAGAAAUGUAAGGCAGGACAGCAAAAGUGUAACUGCAACAAAUUCCACAGCAUUUUCAGAUAACACUAAAAUCACUUCAUGUCCAAGUGUAAGAACGAAAACUAUAACUAAGUCUUUUUCAGAGAGUGCAGCUGGGGAAAUGUGCAAACCUUUGGCAAAUACAAUAAGUGAACUUGAUAUUCUUGAAGCUGUGUUUACCAGUACAAAACUAGAAAGGUCUGAUGGUAGUAAAAGUCCAGUGCCAAAAUUUCCAAAAUGUUCAAAGUCAUUUAGUGGUAGUCUUCCUAGGAAGAAUAAAAGUGAUAUAUCAAUUAGCAGUGGCCUUGAUACUCAGGAAACUUAUUCAUCCAACCCAGCAGUGCUUAGUACUAACUCUAGCAGCAACUCUCUCUCUACUGGUAAUCCCCAUAAAAAUACAAUUUUUUCUAGUCGAUCAGGCGAUUCUGGUUGUUGGUAUGGAGAUUUAAGCUCAAAUUCAUAUGAUUCUGAUACAACACCAAGUGGUACUUUGAAACGCAAAUCAAUGAGACUGGGUCAUGGAUCCACAGCAGCACAAGAAUUUUGCAAUGAAAUUGAUGAGGUUUCUCUGAAUCGUGUUCAAAGUCUAGCUCAGAGUUUUGUUAAAGAUGUGCUGGAUAAGGCAAAAGCACAAGUUGGGAAUGAUGAGCCACUUUCCCCAGUUGUGUCAGAUAAAGACAAUUCAGAAACAUCAAAACUUUAUGCGACUCCAAAGGUGAGUGAAUUGCCAUCAAUUUGUGAAGAGUUUUUGACCCUUUCAGAAAACAAAGUUAGCAACCAAACUUUGCUUUCAGCUUCAGACUUGGAUAAUUCUUCCAAAGAGAAAUGUAAAUUCCAAAAUAAUAUACUGCCACCUAAAAGGCAGCAGGUUGUUGUAUCCAGAAGUCUGAUACAAGAAGUUGAAUCUAAUGCUAACCAGAUUCCUAGUUCUUUUGGAGCAGAUUUAUGUCCCCAGCAGUCUUCCAUUCAUGCACAAGCAGGAAAACCACCAAGACCUUCAUCACUUCUAAGUCUAAGUUCUACAAGAAAUAUUGAAAAACCACCAGUUGGAGCUAGACCAAAAUCAAUGGUUCUCAGUAAAUGUAGUGAUAAUUCAGUACCUAAGAAGACAAUAUUCCCAGAAAGCACAGAAAGUCCUCAAAGCACUUUAACUAGAAAGCAAAAAUAUCAACUUGGUCAGUAUUCAUCAAAGCUACUCUCUCAGCUGAUGUGUGAGGAAGAUUCUGGAGAAAUAAAAAAAGGUAUAAUUAGGGAAAGGAGUUCAAGUAGCAUAAUAACACCAUUCAAUAUUGAAACUUACUCCAGUGGUCCUUCAGUUGAAGAGGAAAGAGAAGAUUUAGCCAGUCUUCGAAAAUCCAUGGAACUUAUUUUGUCUUCAUCAGAGCAUACUCGGGAGGAUACUCGCUCAUCAACAGCUUCGCCGUAUGCAGCCUCUGAAGUAUGGCAUUUAGAUGAUGAUGGUGCCGUAAUAUCUGGUGAAGGCGGGGUUUAUGGAUGGAUUGAAGAAAAAAGGGAGAAGUUGGAAAGUUUACUUGGCCUAGAACUCUUUAUUAAAGCAUAUCAUCAUUUAGAUGAAGCACAAGAGGAAUCUCAGUGUGUGGAAGAGAAGUCCAUUAGAGAAGUAGAGGAGAUGCUGGGCCCUGAAAGAUGUCAUUUAGUGAAUGAGGUUCUUCAGCUUGUUAUUGCCGAAUCUGUAUACCACAAUUAGUAGCAUGUAGCAGUGACAAGAGUGCUUUUACAUCACUCCUUAUUACACAGUAAAUGGUGGAUGUUUACUCAGUGUCAGUCUCAAGAAAGUUGCAUCAUCCUCCCAGCAGUUGAGAAUCACAAAAGGUUUGACCUGUAUUGAAUGCUGAAGCCAUCAUAUGAAAAAAAAUUGACAUGUGAUGUAAGCAUUUCUCAUCAACAGUUUAUUACCUUCUGAUGUAAAAACUCUGACUUUACAAAAAUCUUUUGUUUGGUAUUCUGAAGUUAUAGGGAAAGCUUAUACUGGGCAUGUUGGUGACUAUAUACCUCUUCGUUCUGGCAUAAAGCAGUGACACCUCUUAACAAGUGUUCUCAGUUGUAAGCCGCCUUAAAUACAGGAGCCUGUAUUUAACAACAUUGUUGCAUUUGAACAAGAAAAAUAUUCCCCAUACCCAUGAAACUGUUAUGAAGUCAGUUAUGCUAUUGGCAGAAAUUCAUUAUGUACUUAACCUAUAUUCUUGCUAUUCUUUAUCCUUGGCAGGCCCAGAUGACAAAAUGAAUUUUUUUUUCAUUUAAAAUAUAAUAAUAUGACUUAUUGUUGGGUUAUCAGUUCCAGUUAUUUGUAGUGUUUGUGGUUGAGGCAUAUUCUUCAUUUUUCUUAUUGUACAGUACUCAUGUUCAUCUCUUGAACUUUUCUUAAAUCUCAAUGUUAUAAAAAAGAGCUAACCACUUGCUGGUGAAAUUGUUGACUAGAAUAAUUGCAUAGUUUCAUAUGAUUACUAAUUUGUUGUUUAUAAAAUUAGAGACCUGUUGUAAGAUUAGAAAAGAUAUUUAUUAAUUUUCAGCCUUAUGCCACUGGCCAGUGACGGGAAGAUAAAGUAAGUAAGUAAAGUAAAGUAAUUUAUUAAUUUAAUUUCAGAUGAAAUUUGAGUAUAGCAGUUUCUGAUAGCUCUGUAUCUUGCAUUAAAACUCUGAUGUGAUAGCUCAUUCACAAUUACAUAACACUAUUAUGUCAAGGAGAAAUGGUGAAGUUAGGCAUUUGUCAUAUAUAUUAGUAUCUUAAUUAUCAGAAUGCCACUGAAUUACUUGACUCAUCAGUUAACAUGGAAUUCCACUUGUCCAAAUCCAAGUUGGAUGUUCAUGCAUUAAAUAUGGAGGUACAGAAGCAUUUCAACUUAAUGAACCUCACUUAUUGAGUUUUGUAAUUGGAUAUGUCUGAGUCUGGUAAAAGUGAAAUUAAUAUUUCAUAAUGACAUCAUAAUCCAGUUUAGUAUGGUAGAUUUAUUGGACAGUGAAAUGGAUGUACAUGGCCAACAUUUUCAUGUCCAUACUUGUGAGAUUUGAGUUAUCUGGAGUCAGUCAUUAAAUGUCUGUUUUCUGCUGUGUAAACAACUUAGUGCUCUUUAUCAACAUGAACUAUUUUUUCACCUUUGCAAGCAAAGUAUGUGUGGUUAAUUUUCAUUUUAUGUUUAAAAUGUCUAAAUACCCUGUACAAUGUAGUUACAUAAUGUAAUGUACUUGGAGAACAUUGUUAAAUUUAUGCUUAAAAACUAAUUUUUUAAAAGUGAAAGGUUGCUCUGUGUUGAUCUGACAUUCAUGUGUUCUGAAAUUUUGAAAUGUUUGGUUAAAUAAAGUGUAGUAAUUGUAUAUAUAUGAAUUGUACACAUUUAAGGCAGUCCCUGGUUAUCGGCAGACAUGGUUAAUGGUGAUCCAGUUUCAUGGUGCUAGGCGAUUUAUGGUGCCACAAGCACCAGGUUUUUGGCUAUUGGCAAUUUUCGCUUAGCACCCUGCUAAAAACAGAACUUCCUGCAGAUAACCGAGGACUGCCUGUAUCAGAAUAGUAAAUAAUCACACUACUGCAGAUCACUGUUAAUCAAAUAUAUAUUAAAACAGUUCUUUACAUUUUUUAAAAGUUACUGUGCCAUGCUGCUUUGUUUCAUUGUGUAAGCAUGUACUCUGAAAUUCUAGAUUCUGUGGUUAAAAGAAGUUUACGUAAGUGCACUUAUUCCUGUACUACAGAUAGAUUGUAAAUUUAGCACAUAAUACCAGUUCCUAGAGUGAAUUAUUUUGAGAGUGAUCGUUCUCAGAAAUUCUAAAAUUUGUGGUUAAAAGAAGUGCCAUUGCUUCAGACUGCCACCUCCACACCCCAUGAGUUUGCAACAUUGUUGUUUGCUCAGUUACAUAAUGUGGAAAAUGACGAUUCUGACUGGGACUAAAAUAUUCAGUCAUCACAACAACAUUAGGCUCUCGCAUCCAGUAUGAUUGGGGUAUUUUGAUUGAUUAUACUUCAGGCAGUCCCCGGCUUACGAUGGGUUCCGUUCUUGAGAUUCGUCUUAAGCCGGAAAAUCAUGAAAAUUCCUAAGAAAACCUUACUUUUAAUGCUUUGGCUGUAUUACAAACUGUGUAAAUUACAUUUUUUUGCAUUUUUCCUAAAAAAAAAAUUCAAAUAUUGAUUAUUUUGCAUAUUUGGAGUCAUAUUUCUUCCGUCAGAUCGGUGUUGUAAACACCGUAACCCUGGAACAUGCAUCGUAAACCUGGAAAUAAUUUCUGAUGGCUAUAAUUGAAAAGCGUUGUAACCUUGGAACGUCGUAAGCCGCAACUGUUAUAAGCCAGGGACUGCCUAUAUAUAUAUUUAAUGCAGUUUUUAUAAUAUUUUGUCAUUUCCAAGGUAAGGUCAGAGUUUGGACUAGAAGUAAAUAAUUUUCAGUCCGUGAAUGUCUCCAUGUUUACAUGAGCAUCAUGUCGUGAAACACUACACACUUAAUGUCUGUCUCUCUCUCUCUCUCUCUCUCUCUCUCUCUCU